UUCAACAAGGCUCAAGCACCUCACUCAACGGAUAGUUCAGAUUACAAACCUUUACAUUAGAACACAGUACACAGGUAUUAUUCCUGCCCUUAAAAAAACACAAAGAGGACCACUUGGGAAUUCAAGCAUGGGCUGUCGGGCCGAGAUUAAAUCUGGGUGGGUUUAUCCCACUGCACUCUUGUCACUCUAUGGCUUUUUUGCCAACUGCAGAGUGGCAGAGCCCUUCCUGACACCGUACCUAAUUGGACCACACAAGAAUAUCUCUGAGGAAGCGUUGACAAACUACCUGUUUCCUAUCUGGACAUACUCCUACCUGGCUUUCCUGUUUCCUGUUUUCAUCUUGACUGACUUCCUUAGGUACAAGCCCCUCAUUACGGUGCAGGGGCUCUUUCUCGUUACAAACUAUGUCCUACUUUGCUUUGCUCCAGGUCUCCCUGCAAUGACCUUACUUCAGGUGAAUUAUGCGGUGGUGACCUCCACAGAAGUGGCUUAUUUCUCCUACAUUUAUAGUGUGAUUCCAGUUGAGAAAUAUCAAAGGGCCACUGGUUACCUGCGCAGUGCUAUGCUGGUUGGAUACACAUUUGGUGCAAGCCUCGGUCAAAUGCUGGUUUCCCUUGCAGGAGUGGACUACUUCUAUAUCAAUGUCAUAACUCUGGGGAUUGUGAGCGUAGCUUUUCUCAUCUCCUUCUGGUUACCCAUGCCCAGCAGAAGUAUAUUCUUCAAAGGGAAAGAGGCAGUAGGAUCCCAGGGAAGGCCUUGUGAUGAAAAGGGCCCUGAGGAAGCAGUGAUGGAUGAGGAUGGAGCAGACUUGGAGGAGAAGAAUGUCCGUGUCAGCUGGUGCAGCAGGGAAAAUGUGGCCAAUGCAGCCCAUCUUCUUUGGAAGAGCUUCAGGGAGUCAUACUCUUCCAGGCAUUUCAUCUUUUUAAAUAUAACUUUGAGUGCUGCAGCAGCCUUCUCUGUGGGCUUCAUCAAGGUGAGCUGGGCCGUGUGGGGAGAGCUGGCGCUGGGGCUGUUCUCGGCUGUGGGAGCCGGCGCCGUGUUUGUGAUGGUGUUCACCAGCAGCAUUUGGGUGUGCUAUGCUGCCUAUGUGAUAUUCAAAUCCAGCUACAUGUUUCUCAUCACCAUCACAACAUUUCAGAUAGCCUCUAACCUCUCCAUGGAGUGCUAUGCUCUGACAUUUGGGAUCAACACUUUCAUAGCCCUGUCACUGCAGACGAUCAUUACUGUCAUUGUUGUUGAUGAAAGUGCACUGGGACUGGACAUCGUGACACAGUUCAUCGUAUAUGGCAGCUACUACACUUGCAUCUCGCUGCUUUUUCUUAUACGAGGGACCUACACUGCCUGUAUAACUUACUGCCGUACUGAGGACAAGGAGGCCACAGAGCAGGAGCCCAGUAGAAACAGGCAGAAGAACAUGGAGGUGGUGAAGAGGUGGAGGUCAGACUGGAGGUAUCCCACAACGCUUCUGUGCAUCUAUGGAUUCUUCAGCACAGUUAAGCCGCUGGAGCCUUUCCUUAUUCCAUACCUGACGGGACCAGACAAGAAUUUUACAACUGAACAGGUCAACAAUCAGAUCUUCCCGGUAUGGACCUACUCCUACCUGUGUGUGCUGCUGCCGGUGUUCCUGCUCACGGACUGGCUGCGCUACAAGCCUGUGGUGGUGUUCCAAAGUGUCAUGCUCCUGAUCACAACGGCCCUGCUGAGGUGGACAGAAAGUGUAGCGGCCAUGCAGGCCAUGCAGUUCUGCUACGGGGUGGUGACAGCCAGUGAGGUCGCCUAUUUCUCCUACAUAUACAGUGUGGUGGAUCUGAAAAGGUACCGGAGGGCCACAUCUUACAGCCGAAGCGUGCAGCUGCUGGGUUACACGGUCGGCUCUGUGCUGGGUCAGCUGCUUGUUAGCUUCCACCUCAUGUCAUACUACAAUAUCCUGGUGUUUACUUUGGUUCUCACCGCCAUGGCUUUCUUCACCUCCUGCUUCCUGCCUAUGCCAAAGCAGAGUAUGUUCUUCCACCGAAAGCGUCCAGGACAGCCUGCGACAGAUGAAACAAAGGGCCAAACGGAUGCUCCAGUGGAGGCAGCAAGACACUCCAGAUCAAACACUUCCCAGGAAGUGAUGAGGGAGGAACGGGCGGAGGGAAGGGGGACGGCAGAUAACGCAGAGAGAGAGUUGAAAGUGGAGAUCCACAGAGAGUCUAAGAGCCCAGAGAGCUGCAGCCAAGUAAUCCGCAUCCUGUGGAGGGACUUCCGUCUGUGUUAUUCCUCCAGACAGUUGCUGUACUGGUCUGUCUGGUGGGCAAUGGCCACAUGUGGAUAUAAUCAGACUGUCAACUACGUGCAGGUGCUGUGGGAGCAUGUGCAGCCCUCUCAGAACUUCAGCAUUUAUAACGGAGGCGUGGAGGCAGCAUCCAACCUGUUGAGUGCUGCCACAGCGUAUGGAAUUGGCUUCACUGAGGUGAGGUGGGAGCAGUGGGGGGAGCUGGCCCUGGGCGGUUUCUCUGGACUUGGGGCAGCUGCUCUGUUCCUUAUGACUUUCGCUGGUAACAUCUGGGUGUGCUACGGCGGCUACGUAAUUUUCAAGUGCCUGUACAUGCUGCUGAUAACCAUAGCCAUGUACCAGAUUGCAGCUGACUUGUCUAUGGAAAGGUAUGCACUGGUUUUUGGUGUAAACAACUUUGGAGCGCUGGUUCUUCAGACAAUCAUCACCUCUGUUGUGGUAGACAGUGCAGGGCUGGGCCUGGCCAUCAUUCCUCAGGUAAGGAAUCUGUCCUGCGAUAAUUCAUCGUAUAUUCAAGCUACUUCUCCGCCAUCUCUGUGGUUUUUUUACUUCGUGGACUAUUCAGCAUUUGGAGAGCGCGAGAGAGAAAAUAGGACCGUCACAGACAGAGAAGAAAGUAUGUCCUGUGAAGAACACAGAUUAUGAAAAGAGUGCCACUGUGAACUGAGGUAGUUUACUUUGUGGCUUUGCAUCCCUUUGAAAUAAAAAAGCUUCAAAAUAACAGGAUGAGAUUCUGUUGUUAAAACAUAAAUAUGUAUUCCAUACAAAAAAAAGC